UUCAAGUGAACGGUCAGCAAAGAAGACGGUAACUGAGAAAGUGAACGUGGUACAGUCUGAUGCUGUUGCUUAAAAACUUUCUCUCCUGGCGCCCGUACGUCGUAGCAUCUGCUUGAUGUACCAUAUGGGCACACCAUUAGCGCCCAUACUAAUUGGUGAAAGACUACAUACGGCACACCAUUAGUCGCCGACUACUAAUCGAUGAAAGAUUACACACUGCAGAGACAACAGAACCGCAUGAGUUAGAGGCUUAUUUAACGAAUACAGCACAAACAAAAUUUGCCAGCGUACAUAUUACGUACCGCUUUAGACGGCGAUGGCACAGCUUAAAGUGGCAGUUAUCGGUCAGAGCCCGUUCGCGGCGGAAGUUUACAAGCUACUAAGGCAAAAUGGACACCAGGUCACCGGAGUCUUCACGAUCCCCGACAAGGGAAACCGGGAGGAUCCGUUAGCGAUGACAGCCAAAGCGGACAAUAUACCGGUGUUCAAGAUCAAAUCCUGGCGGAGCAAAGGUGCGAUGUUGUCGGAGAUCUGGAACUUGUACAGGAGCAUCGAGGUGGACUUGAACGUGUUACCAUUCUGCAGCCAAUUUAUUCCUAUGGAAGUCAUCAACCACCCUCGCCAUAAAACCAUAUGCUACCACCCUUCCAUACUGCCCAGACACCGAGGAGCGAGCGCUAUAAAUUGGACCCUGAUAGAGGGAGACGACACAGCGGGCUUCUCUGUAUUCUGGGCCGACGAUGGCCUAGACACUGGACCAGUUUUGUUGCAGAAGUCCUGCAAGGUGAAACCUGAUGACACCGUUGACAGUCUGUACAACAACUUUCUCUACCCUGAAGGAAUUCUAGCGAUGGGAGAGGCAGUGGAUCUUGUGGCGAAGGGAAUAGCGCCGAUGAUUCCCCAGCCAGCGGAAGGGGCAACUUAUGAUCCUAUGAUGAACAAAAAGGAGCUUCAGAAAAUAGACUGGACCAAGUCUGCGAAACAGGUUCACGACUUCAUUCGUGGAUUGGACAGUACUCCGGGUGCCUGGACGAUGAUCAACGGGGAAGAAGUCCGUUUAUUCGGGUCCUCUUUGUGGACCGGACAGCUACCGGAGGAGCUGUCCAAGGUGGACGUGGAGGGACGUUCAGGUUUCCUCCACGAUGAUGGUUUGCUGAUCAGCGCUGUCGACGGCAAUCUGGUGAACGUGAAGAGAAUCAAGAUCGGAACCAGAACGAUUCCAGCACAGAAGUUUGGCCAACAGAGCGAGGAGACGGCACUGGAGUUCACAGAGGACGAAAUGAAGUCUGUCGAAGUCCUGAAGAAGAUCUGGAAAGGCGUCCUGAAUCUGGACAUAGAGAAUGACACUGACUUCUUCGCAUGCGGUGCUGGAAGCAUGGACGUGGUGAGGAUGGUGGAAGAGGUGAAAGACAACCUGGGGGUCACCUUGCAGAACAUAGACGUCUUCAUGGCCCCGGUAUUUAGUCAGUUCGCGAGUACAGUGAUCCUAGCUGCGCGCGGUAACUCCGGGUCCAAGGAGGUAAAAUACGACGCCGUGGAGAUUCAGGCGAACAACAGACAGAUCAAGUUCCCCAAGCAACUGUUCAUCAAUGGUGAGUUCGUGAACGGGCGGGGUGUACCUCUGGACACUAUCAACCCUCACGACGAGAGCGUCAUCUGCUCGGUGGAGUCCGGAUCUGUGGAGGACGUGGACAAAGCGGUUAAGGCUGCCAAGAAAGCGUUCGAGGCGGGCGAAUGGAGCAAAAUAAGUGCCAGGGAACGCGCAGCUCUACUCUUCAAACUAGCAGACUUGAUGGAGGAGCACAAGGAAGAGCUGGCUACGAUAGAGACAUUGGAUUCUGGCGCAGUCUAUACUCUAGCUCUGAAGACUCACAUAGGUAUGUCCAUAGAGACCUGGCGCUAUUUUGCCGGCUGGUGCGAUAAGAUCCAAGGCUCCACGAUACCCAUCACUCACGCCAGGCCUAAUCGCAACUUGACCAUCACCCGCAAGGAGCCAAUCGGUGUCUGUGGUCUAGUUACGCCCUGGAACUAUCCUCUGAUGAUGCUCUCCUGGAAAAUGGCAACCUGUUUAGCAGCAGGGAACACUGUAGUAAUGAAACCAGCUCAGACUUCACCUCUGACGGCCUUGAAAUUCGCUGAGCUCACCGUCAAGGCUGGAUUCCCUCCCGGCGUUGUGAACAUAGUACCAGGAAGCGGUACAGAGACUGGGAAUGCGAUCUGUGAACACCCUUUGAUCAGAAAACUCGGAUUCACCGGAUCCACGCCGGUCGGACAAACGAUCAUGAAGUGCUGUGCGACCAGCAACCUGAAGAAGGUCUCGCUGGAGCUCGGGGGCAAGAGUCCUCUGGUCAUCUUCGAGGACGUCGACAUUCAGCACGCAGUCAGGGUCGGGAUGAACAGUGUGUUCUUCAACAAGGGAGAGAAUUGCAUCGCUGCCGGUCGACUGUUUGUGGAGCAAUCCAUACACGACGAGUUCCUGAAGAGAGUAGUGCAGGAGACGAAAAAGAUUAAGGUGGGUGAUCCUCUGGACAGGAGCACAAGCCACGGCCCCCAAAAUCACAAGGCCCAUCUAAACAAACUUCUGGACUUUGUUCGACGUGGAGUUGAAGAGGGAGCGACGUUGGUUUACGGCGGCAAGAGGCUAAACCGUCCAGGAUGGUACCUCGAGCCGACGAUAUUCACGGACGUCAAGGACGACAUGUAUAUAGCCAAGGAAGAGUCGUUCGGUCCAGUGAUGGUGAUCUCGAAAUUCAGCUCCAACAAUGUAGACGAAGUGAUUAGAAGAGCGAACGAUACCGAGUACGGACUGGCGUCUGGCAUCUUGACCAAGGACAUCGGUAGAGCCCUAAAAUUCGCCGAGAAGAUCGAAGCUGGCACGGUCUUUAUCAAUACGUAUAAUAAAACCGACGUCGCCGCGCCGUUCGGUGGCUUCAAGAUGUCCGGUUUUGGCAAGGAUCUUGGCCAGGAAGCUUUGAACGAGUACUUAAAGACGAAGACCAUCACCAUCGAGUACUGAUGUAACUUCGACACUGUAUUACUCACGUCAUUCGCUAUUCAGACUGCCGAGACUCGUGCGAAUCGAUAUCCAAAAGAGAAUUAUACCUAAAAUUGCAUAGCAUUAGCAUGGAAUCUCCAGUUAUCAUACUAUUUACUCAUUUAUGUGACAUUUUUGUACAUCGUUCUAUUUAUACAAAUAAAUUGGAAACUUUUUUUCUAUA